AUGCCUUCUCCUCCUCCUGACUGGGUCAAGGCCCUCAAGCCCUCGGGCCCGCAGGGUUCCGAACUGCUCGCCCAAGAGCGUGCGCAGUCUAACAUUAAUAUCGACAAGCUGUCCGAGUUGCUCCACACCAAGGAGGCUCUGGACCGACAGCAGAAGAUGCUCAGCCUCCUCGAGCCCGAGAAGGUCUUUGACAAGUCCCAGAACCACACUCUCGGUCGCGUUGAGCGGCUGCAGCGCUCUCUGGCCAAGGCCAAGCGCCUGCAACAGCUGGCCGAGGAGAACCAGUGGUCCAUGGAGGAGCUUCAUGCUGCCAAUGAGCUUAUUGGCGAGCCUACCCCUUACGGAUUGCACGCAAGCAUGUUCCUGGUGACCCUCCGGGAACAAGGCUCUCCCGAACAACACAAGCUCUUCCUUGAGCGUGCCGCGAAAUACGAGAUCAUCGGUUGCUACGCCCAGACCGAAUUGGGCCACGGUUCCAAUGUCCGCGGUCUCGAGACCACCGCCAUCUGGAACCAGGAGGACCAGACCUUCACCAUCAACUCUCCCACAUUGACCGCCUCCAAGUGGUGGAUUGGUUCUCUUGGUCGCACUGCCAACCACGCCGUGGUCAUGGCUCAGCUGUUUAUCGGCGGCAAGAACUUCGGCCCCCACCCCUUCGUCGUGCAGGUCCGCGACCUCAAGACCCAUCAGCCCUUGGAGAAUGUCUACGUGGGUGAUAUUGGUCCCAAGUUCGGCUACAACACCAUGGACAACGGUUUCUUGCUGUUCAACAAUGUCAAGAUUCCCCACAUUAAUAUGCUGGCCCGCUUCUCCCGCAUUGAGAAGGAGACCGGCAAGUACAUCCGCCCCGCUCUCCCCUCCUUGGUCUACGGUACCUUGACAUGGGUGCGCUCGAACAUCGUUCUGCAAUCCGGUGGUGUAUUGGCCCGCGGUGUGACCAUUGCUACUCGGUACGCCGCCGUCCGGAGACAGUUCCAGGACCGUGAUGCGGAGCCCAGCGCUGGUGAGAACCAGGUGCUGAACUACAAGAUGGUGCAGGUCCGCCUGCUCCCCCUUCUGGCUUCUAUGUACGCCCUGCACUUCACCGGUCGCGGUAUGAUGAAAUUGUACCAGGAGAACCAGAGCCGUAUGAAGGCUGCUGCUUCGCCUGGCCAGAACUCGCGUGGCCCCGGCCCCGAGGAGCUUCGGGCUGGUGCCGACCUGCUGGCGGACCUUCACGCCACCUCUUGCGGUCUCAAGGCUCUUGCUAGUACCACUGCCGGUGAAGGUCUCGAGGUCUGCCGUCGUGCAUGCGGUGGCCACGGCUACAGCAGCUACAGCGGUAUUGGAUCUUACUACGCUGACUACCUGCCCACUCUCACUUGGGAGGGUGACAACUACAUGUUGACCCAGCAGGUCGCACGCUACCUGCUCAAGUCCGCUCGUGCCGUCCUUUCUGGCAAGGCUGCUGACAACGAUACCUCCCGCAUCCUCAAGACUUACCUCGACCGCCGCGACAAGGGUGCUUCCUUUGAUGUGCUCGAAGAGGACAAGGACAUUGUGGAAGCCUUCGCCUGGCGGACAGCCCACCUGACCUUCGAGGCGCUGAAGCACCGUGAUGCCGAAAAGCGCUCAUGGAACAGCCUGCUGGUUGACUUCUGGCGUCUUUCCACCGCCCACUCCCAGUAUCUCGUGGUCCGCAACUUCUACGAGGCCGUCUCCUCCCCUGAGCUCGCCCAGGCCUUGGACCCCGAGACCAAGACCCUCAUGCACGCUCUCUUCCGCCUGUACGCCCUGCACACGCUCGAGCGCGAAGCCGCCGAGUUCUUCUCAUCAGGUGCCGUCACCGUGCGCCAGAUCACUCUGACCCGCACCACAGCCGUGAUGAAGCUCCUCGAUGAGAUCCGCCCGCACGCCAUCAGCUUGGUGGACGCCUGGGCCAUUCCCGACUGGCAGCUGGACAGCAGUCUGGGACGCUCCGACGGCAAGGUCUACGAGGACUUGUUCCGCCGGGCCAGCCAGGAGAACCCUGUCAACGACCUGGUGUUCGACCCCUAUCCCUGGAACGCGGCGAUUCUCAAGAACGAGGCGCCCAAGAGCAAGCUGUAAAGCUUUAUGUCUUCAUUUCUGAUUCCCGAUCAUGUGUAUUCUUUAUAUUGAUGUUUUUACGUGCAUUCGGCUUUGGUUAGA